GGUACAAGGCUUUAACUCUGUAGUGUGCUUGUUAGAGAAAACAGAACACACACAUUAUUGCAUCGUGUAGUCAGACAGGGCAACCGGACAGAGACUCGAUAAUGUCUAUCUUCGUGAUACUGGGGCUGCUGGUCUGCAUCAUAGAGGCACAAGGGCCCAGUGCUGUGACUCCUGUGUUUGUGCAGAAGGGAGGGGAUGUGCUUCUGAAUGUUGAUGCUGAUGUUCCUGAGGAUUUUCUUUUUGUUGAGUGGAACUUCAAUAAAACGAUCGUUUUAGUAAGAUUUCUACCUGGUGGUGAACAACCAACAGUCUCUCCUGGUUACACUGGAAGGGUUGAGUUUCCUGAGAAAAAAUACUCUAUGAAAUUGAAGAAUCUACAAGAGGCAGACAGGGGAGUUUAUACUGCACGAGUGGCAUUGGAAGAAGGAGACCGAACACUAGCUCAAUACAACGUCAUAGUUCAAGAUCCAGUGUCUCCAGUUAAUCUGUCAGUGAUCUCAGUAGACUCCAGAAGCUCAGAGUGUGACCUCACUGUGACCUGCAGAACACAGGACUCUCACAUUAACAGCACUUUUAGAUGUGACUACCAAACCUGCAGUCAGGAGGGAGGAGAGCAAUCAGAGGUCACAACCUCUGGUGCUUCUCUCCACGUCUACCUGCUGAAUGGCUCAAUCAUCUGUACCCAUAGCAACCAGGUCAGCUGGACCGAGGACAUUGAAAUAAUUGGACAUCUUUGCCCCCUACCUGAUGAUCCAGUGUGUCCUCCUGCUGGUAUCUCUGUGUGCCUGCUGAAGAUAGUCGUGUUCUCUGUCGGUCUGAUCAUCAUGGUGUCUGCUGUCAUCACUGUUCACCUCAUGGAGAAGCUCAAGAAGCACAAAUAAACAAAUAGUUCUCUACCAGCCAAUCUUACAUUUAUGUUAUCACACUCUUUAGUUAAAGGUACCCUGUUUUCUUUGUAUUGCUCGAGCCCUCAUGGUACACAUCCCUGCCACUGAUCUUAUGCUAUUCCACUGAUCCACAGUUGGUGGCAGUAACGCACCAAGAAAUGGAGUAAUGCACCAACAAAGGUGAAGAGGUAGAAGACUGCAAGCCAGCAAACAUGGAUGUAAACCAUUUAGGAUUUAAAGUAUUUGUAAAAAUCAGCUUUGCAAAUGUUUCAUGAGGAAGGAAACUGAUUCAACACGUUAAUAAGGCUUCAAAGAUACUAACAAUGCAUUCUGACAAGUAAGGAAACAAGAAAACUGCACAGGACACCUUUAAUACAAAUGCAGAUUAUUCUUGAUUAUCUAUUGAUUGUACCCAAUAAUCACUGUUCUCACUUUGUAAAUAAAAUGCUUGUACAGAAAUAACCACGUUAAAGAUGUUUUUGGACGAUGUUAUCUUGAAAAA